AUGAAUUGUCGUUGCACAAAAGUACUACUUAUUUUAGUUCAUAUCGUAUUGGUUUUCACAAUUAACGAUCCUUAUUUAACAUUAGGUUUAUCGAAAAAAGCUUCGAACAGAGAAAUACGGUCGGCUUAUAAAACUCUUGCUAAAGAAUGGCACCCGGAUAAGAAUAGUAAUCCUGGGGCAAAUGAAAAAUUCAUGGAAAUAACGCAAGCAUAUGAGAUACUAUCAGAUCCUUCAAGGAAGGAUCGAUUUGACAGAUAUGGCACUUUUGAUGAGCCGGUCAAUACGAAUGUCUAUACUUUUGAUCCAUUCAAUGGAUUUUUUGGAUAUGGUUACAACGGUUUUGAUAGUGGGAACUCUUUUUUUCAAAAACAUAGAAUUUCUAACAGGCUUUUUUCACGUACUAUUCUUGAGCGCAGUAACUUCAGUCCAGUAAUGAUUUUUGCCUAUUCUGGAUAUUGUCAGUUAUGUUUUCGUCUCGAAUCAGUUUGGCAGAGUGUAGUGGAAGACAUCGAACCACUUGGAUAUGGCAUUGGAACAGUAAAUGCUAUGAGUGACGGUAAUUUAUUGGAAAGGCUUCGAGUUUCUCGACUUCCGUCCAUAGUCGUUGUAGUAGAAGGACGAGUAAUACAUUAUAGAGGAAAUAUGCAAUCUCUUUCGGCCAAAGCAGUGCGUUUAUUUGCUCGCGAUGUUAUCCCUAGUGUUUUUUUGGCUAGAAUAAAUAAUUAUUCUGGGCUUAGACGAUUCAUCGAUCAGUGGCGAACUACAAAUAAGAUAUCGGUUUUGAUAUUCGGUAAUAAAGAAGAGCCAAGAAUGCGCUACAUGUUGCCUGCUAUGAAAUAUUCAACUUUUGCUCGUUUUGCCUAUAUUUAUUUAAAUGAACAUAGUUUGGAAAUUGCAAAAAUGCGUGAAGCGCUCGAUAUAAAAAAUUUAAAUUCGGAUACUAUCCUUAUCUUUAAUGAUUACCCGCAGAACGGACCCGUAGCACGUCUUUCUGUGGAACAAAAUCAAAUGUCAGUCGAUUCAAUUAGAUCUUUCAUCGAAAGCAAUAAGCAUCUUAUUCUCCCGAGGAUUGCUUCUCAAGCACAUUUUGAUGAUCUUUGUCCUAUUUCACCUCGUGCUUCUCGAAAAUUAUGUGUUAUGCUAGCCAUAAUGGAUUCAUCGUAUGACUUGAAAUUUGAAAAUAUUCUACGAGAUUUCGUUCGCAGAGCUAAAUCAGUAAAUAAGCCUAGUGAACUUCAGUUUACCUAUAUUUAUAUCAAUAAACAAGAAGAUUUUAUCAAACCUUUCUUCGAAAGCGCUUUACAGAUUAAUCAUUCAUUUAAGAGUAAUAAACGUAAUAUUUUUGUGAUUUGGCGUCUCGAAUAUACUCGGGCACGAUUUGUUUGGCUCGAUGAUAUAUGGGAUGAAAAUCAAAUAAGUAUGGACGAAAUCCAUUUCAGGAAUAAAAUUGAUGAAAUUAUAAGCGGAACAAUCAAAUUUGAGAAUGCAAUAACGAUUCAAAAGCUGAUUGAUGAAUAUCGUCCAUCUUGGUUUACACGUCUAUCUCGAGCUGCCAUUCGCAUGACUGAAACUGCUUGGUUUCAUCUAACAAAAGAAGAAGCGCUACCGGUAUUGAGUGCAGUUGGCACUUUUCUCGUUAUACUUUUGGUUGGAUAUGUUUUGAGCUAUGUUAAUAAUAAUGAUAAAAUGCAUCAGGUAAAGACAUUCUGGGUUUUCUUUAGUGAUAGGAAAAAACACUCCGAUAAAGAAGCAGAGCAGUGGCAUCCGGAGGAUCCUCAUGUUAAUUCAGGAAACAGAACGAAAAUAAGUCGUCAACAGAGGAUAAUGCGGGAAAUGCAACCUUUUAUACAUGAAUUGAGGGCUGAAACAUAUUUUGGUAUGAUUCGACUUCUGAAACCUGGUUGUCGAUCAAUUAUAGUGUUGACUGAUGCGGAAUCUAAAGAGAUUCUUCUGCCACAAUUUGCCAGUUAUCUUUGGCCGUUCCGAAACAACAAAACGUUUUCAUUCGGCUAUUUAAUGGUCGAAAAAAAUCUUGAUUGGUUUCGUAAACUAUUGGAACAUACCUUGCCUGCCGAUACGGAUGAUUUCAGCCAAUCUUCAUUGAGUUCGAGGCUUCAUAAUAUCAAUCCAAAAAGAACCUUAGGAACUGUGCUUGUUUUGUGCGGGUGGAAGCUUUAUUUUAAUAUGUAUCAUCCCAUGCACACUUCUUCUAAGCGGAAAAAUUUUCUUGGUUUCGAUGACGAUGGUGAUAUGAUAUCAUCAGAUGAUUCAGACAAUGAAAGAUCAGACCGUAAAGAGAUUAUUCGCAAAAGUCACCAAUUAAAAAUUGAAGAUGUUUUGAAUGGUCUCACGAAUUGGCUUGAUCGACUAUUCGAGGGUUCAGUUCGUCGUUAUUAUGUACCUGAAUGGCCUGAUAAUCUUAAGUAA